CGCCGCAUCGCCGUCCACCGCCACGCAUCUGCCAUCUCCGGCUUCCCCUCCGCGCCUCCCUCAUCCGGCCUCGCCGACUCGUCGCGCAUCUUCGGCCUUCCCUCUGUGGCAUCCUUCGCCGGUCUACCCUCCCCGACGCGGUCCGCACCUACGGACUCCCCUCCUCCUCCGUCAGCAGCUCGAGUCACCACCCCCGCAGUGGAAUGAAUCAUUCCCACGAGAUGGAGGGAGGCACGCCGUGGAUCAUGGCGGCAGGGGUAGCCCAGAAGACUUCAAGUCAGUUGGUCCCUCUCCCCGAUGGGACACUCACGCGCGCACGCAAACACACACAAAGGACGGGAAGGAGGAUAAACGGCGGCACAGUGCAAGGAGAUCAAGAAACAAGCCGAUUAAAGCAAGAAUAUUCUACAUACAAACCUGGUGGAAAAAAAGUGCAUUUUGAGAUUUCAUUAGCCAUGGGCGUAGCUGGGCCCCAGGCAGCCGAGGCCAUUGCCUGGGGCGUGGGGAAUUUUCUCGUACCAUAUAUACAAAAAAAAGGUUUAGCCUGGGGCGCAGCCCAGUCAAGGCAGCCCAGGCCAACUGGUCCAGUCGCCCAGCCAGUGCCUUUCCUGUGCGCGUGCGCUGCUCCUGACUUGACGAACCUGUCCGCCGCCGCUUCCCCAACUUGAUGAACCCUUGACGAACAGCGCACGUCCCUUCUUCAAUCCCGGCAUGGGCUGCUGCUCUGUCCGCGAGGCGGCGACCCCGGUGAACUGCCGGCGAGGUGGCCCUUCCUAGAGCAGUAGGCGCCUUUGUCCUCAAUGACCCAACACAGAGCAGACAACAGCAAGAGGAAAUGUAUCCUAGCUCUUUCAAACCCCAGUUUUUUUUGUAGAUGCUACAGUUUGAUGAUUAUUUCUGUCAGUUGCUAGAUGUCACCAUUGUUGCUUGACGCCCACUGAUUGUGAGAUACUUAGAUGGGAAGACAAAUACUAACAUUUAGUAUUUUGUUUCUGUAUAAUGUUACAUGAAGCAAGAUGAGUAAAUGUAACAAGACAUUGAAUUCUUUUUUUCAAGUUCGAACCACGGGAACUGCGGAAACAGGUCCUUCAACUCAAACAAAUGAUAAUAUCCCUAGUGUUAUAGCUCAACUCAAGCCCGGCGAUAUUGAAGCAGACCCUGGUAAGAGAAUACCCAUUGAGGAAUUGGAUGCAGACAUUCAAGAUCUUGCUAGAAGGGAGUACAUUAGUAUGGGUCCAUGCCAACCAACUAAUCAUACAUAUGAACGAGUAAAUGCUAGAAGUCUUCAUGGUUAUUGAUUCAAUGAUAUCGCGGCUGGUUGGAAUAUAGCACUGAAAAAAGCAGCAUUUUUCUUUUAUUGUUUUUUGUUUAAGCAACAAAGAGCUGAAAACUAUGGUAUUGAAGCAUUCACGAAAAAUGGAUUUAAACCUUGGAAGGAUGGGCCUAAAUCUUUAAAUCAACAUGUUGGCAAGCAUGAUAGUGCUCAUAAUAGAUCUAGACAACAUUAUGAGGAUUUCAAAAAUCAAAGACAAAAUCUGCCACAUGUGUUUGAUAGGGGUUCUAAGAAGAAAGAAGAAGAAUACAAAGCUCGUCUCUUGAUUGUAAUGGGUAUUGUCAAAAUUUUGCUACUACAAGCUCUUGCUUUUCGUGGUCAUGGUGAGUCUUCUAGCUCAAUGAAUAAGGGUAACUUUAAAGAGUUGUUGGACUUGUUCAUAAAGAAAGACCCAAAGGUGGAUUUUUUUUGGAGGAUGCAGGAGAUAACCAAAUAACCAUAAACUGUAUCACUUCACAUGAGAUACGAUUGGAUUUAUGCAAGGCUUGUUCAGAAGAGGCCACCCAAGUCAUUCUUGAGGAGAUUGGAGAUAGUAAAUUUGCAUCUAUGAAGGAGCAAAUGGCUAUGUGUUUGAGGUAUCUCGGCAAACGAGGGGAGGUGAUUGAGAGAUUCAUGGCAGUUGACCAUGUUCUUGACACGAGAGCAACUUCACUGAAGGGAGCUUUGGACAGUAUAUUUGCUACUCUUGGCUUAUCUAUGUCUAAUAUGAGAGGGCAGGGUUAUGAUGGAGCUUCAAACAUGAGAGGGGAAUUCCAUGGCUUGCAAAGAUUGAUCUUGGAGGAAAACCCUUAUGCUCAUUAUAUACAUUGUUUUGCUCAUCAAUUACACUUAGUGAUUGUUGUUGUUGUCAAGUGUCGUUCAUCCAGCAAGGGAUUUUUUAAAUACACAAGCAUGGUUGUUAACAUUGUUAA